GACUGCCGGCUCAGCAUUCGGCCGGUGACUUCACGAGAGUGUUGUGUGUUCCGUCCGUCGGGUGCAGUCAAAUUGGCUAACGGUCGAAAUUUUAUUCAUCGCGUUUCCGUAUUUUCGAAUACAAAUUCAGCUCGUUGCCGACCAACACAAUUUUACUGCCGUUCGGUUGUGCGAAUAGUUUUGUUGUUAUAUAAUCGAAUAAUAAUAAUAAUAUUCAUUAGAUUAUUUGCGAGUGUUCGAUACUUAACUAUAAGGUCACAUUUGAUAAAAAAAAAAAAAAAAUGCGGUAACCGUAUUACGGAUCUUGUGUUUUUCUUUGUAACUUGUUUUCAAGUGAUAUUUUUCAUAUGGUUUACAUUUGAGAAAAAACUAACGACACCUAAUUCAACAUGAGGAUUCCGCUGUGCGCUUUUCUCGUCUACUUAUCAGGAUGGUCAUGUUUAGGCCAGGAAGGAAUGACAGACACGAGAGAAGGUGAAGACAUUGCGUUAAAGUGUCGAUUUAACGGACAGCUGCCGUCUACAGUACAAGAUACUCAAUAUUAUUGGUUGAGGACAAAUAAACAUAACCAAGAUAACGUAGCUAUUAAAGCCACACCAUUAGAGGGCAACUAUAAGCUUGAUUUCCGUCCAGAAUUGGGAAUUUAUGAUCUGUUAAUUUCAAAUUCAACUUAUGAAAGGGAUAACGGAAAAUUUGAAUGUAGACUGAAAGCAGCUGGUACAGGCCGUGAAAUCCAUUCCCAAAGUUUUCAAAUUACAGUACUUACACCUCCUAGUCCUCCACGUAUUUCGCCUGGACCUAAUCCAGUAGCUACCGAAGGACGUCCACUAGAACUGUCCUGUACCAGUACGGGCGGUAGUCCCGACCCCGUCAUUAGAUGGUACCGAGAAGGUGUUCAAGACCCAAUUGAAUCGGUUACUCGAAUUGGCAAUAGCAAUAAGGAAACUGUGACGUCUGCAGUGAUUCAGGUGACACCUAGUCGCGAAGAUGACGGUGCAGUUUUCAGGUGCGUGGUAUGGAAUAGAGCUAUGGCAGAAGGUAUAAAAUUGGAAACGCGAACCACUUUAAGCGUAAAUUAUUAUCCACGUGUACAAAUAGGCCCCGAAAACCCUCUCCGUGUCGAAAGAGACGAUUCUAUUACACUGCAAUGUAAUGUAGACGCCAAACCUCGAGUUAAUAAUGUUAGAUGGAUGCGUGAUGAUCGUUUUAUAGCCACCUCAUUUACUCAUGUUAUACAAAAAGUAACCCCUCAAGAUGCUGGUACAUAUACUUGUAUGGCUGACAAUGGUCUUGGACAAACUCGUGAAGCUGAACUUGUGCUUGACGUACAAUACCCUCCUCAAGUGACUGUAGAAACCGGACCCGGCAUGGCAAGGCAACGCGAAGCUGAAGAGGGUGAAAGUAUAACAAUUCAGUGUAAUGUUUCUGCUAAUCCUCCCCCAGUUUCUGUGGAAUGGAUUCGAGAAGGACGUCCUGAUUUUCGUCAAUCUGGAGAAGUUCUUCGCUUACCUAAAAUAACCGCUGAUGCUGGAGGUGUUUAUACUUGUAGAGCAGUCAAUAUUCUUUAUCCUUCAUCUUUAACACGCCAAAGAGUCAACCGCAUUGGAAACGCAUCUGUAACCUUGCUGGUUCGUCAUAAACCAGGCAUGUCCAGAAUUACACCAGAUAGACCUGUUGCGACUGAAGGUACAGGAGUAACACUAACAUGCUCAGCGUCACCUCCUGGUUGGCCAACGCCUCAAUAUAAGUGGUGGAGAGAGUUUGACUCCGCCAAUCCAUCAACUAGUACUACGAUUUUAGCCAACGGACAAAAGUAUACAAUUCAAUCUGUUCAUCUUGGAAGUGAAGGCCGUUACAAAUGCCAGGCGUCUAAUGAAAUGGGAACAGGAGAGGCAGCUUCAGUCCAAUUAACGGUCCAUCACGCGCCAAAAUUUGUUACUAAAUUACAACCUCAUGUUACUAGACGCGCUUCUGAUAUAGGAUUCUCAGCUAUCUGCGCUGUUCAGGGUAAACCAAAACCUUCGGUAACGUGGUAUAAAGAUGGCAAAGAAGUUUCACACGAAUGGUUUGAUGUAAGCACGGAUGAAACUGAAAAUCAAAAUGGAGUGACAACUGUUCAUAGUACGCUUAAAUUCCAUGGUAGGGAUAGACCCCGUGGUAACCAACUAGUUCCAUCAGACCGCGGUGUGUACUCUUGUUCCUUUGAAAAUGAUGUCAAGAAAGUUGAGUCUAGUAUGCUCUUGAGAAUCGAACAUGAACCAAUCGUAUUACAUCAGUUCAGCAAAGUAGCCAGUGAUUUAUAUGAAACAGCUGAAGUAGUGUGCAGAGUUCAAGCAUAUCCCAGACCUGAAUUUCAAUGGAGUUACAAUACUCACUCAUCGCCAUUAUUGGCUGGUAGUGAUGGUCACUAUGAGAUAAAUACUACAAUAAACGAAAGUGGUGGAGAUAUUUAUACCAGUGUACUGCAAAUAUCUAAUCUUAGAGAAACUGACUAUGGUGACUAUCACUGUCGUGUUGCUAACACACUAGGAAGUGUACGACCAACAAUUAGACUUCAACCUAAAGGUCCUCCAGAUCAUCCAGAAAAUGUAACUGCUCUAGAAGUUGGUCAUCAUAGUGUAGUUUUACAAUGGAAUAGUGGAUUUAAUGGAGGAGUAGUUAGUACUAAACACUAUGUGAGUUACAAAAAAGUUGUCAUGGAUGAUAACGAGGUUGAAAAUGAUUGCUAUACCGCUAAAAAAUCAAAUCAACCUGAGAGAUGGCAGGAAUUUGACUGUCAAACUAAAAACCCUUGUAACAUCACAGACUUGGAUCAACAUCAAAAUUAUUUGUUCAAGGUUAAAGCUUACAAUAAUAAAGGACAUAGUGAAUAUUCACAAGAAACAAUUGUUAUGACAAAAGUUGAUCGUAUUCCAGCACCUCAACGUGUAACUUUUGAUCCUGAAUCGCAUGCUUUAACUAUAAACAUUGGAGCUACAUGCUUACAAUUGGUUGGGGUUGUUGAAGCUAUAAUUGGUAGUUCUAGUUCUCGAGAAGAUUGGCAUUUAAUCGAAACUUUGCCUUUAGCAGUUAGUGGUAGUACUUCUACACACCGUGAGGCAACUAUCAUAUCAUUAAUAUCUCGUCGCCAAAGUACUGGAGCUCGAUCAUUAGAUAAUGAUGACAUAAACUUAAUAACCACUAGUGAAGAUGAAGACGACCCCAUUGAUAAACCAAUUGAUGAUGUUCGCAUUAGAGUAAGAUUGUGUUUACGGUCCAGUCAAAACACUUGUGGCGAUUAUACAGAAGCAGAAAUUGGUGCAAACUUUGUUAAAGAACAACAAGCUAUUGCUACAUCAACGUUGAUUGCAUUGAUUGUAUCAUGUGUUGUUUUCAUUCUAUUCAUAACACUUUUAUUUGUAUUUUGUCGUUGCAAACGUAAUAAUACUGCAAAGAAAAGUACCAGCAAAGAUUAUGAAAUGGAUUCCUCAACUGUUCAUCCUAGUAUUAUACAUGGACCCCCACCUUAUACUGAACCAGGCCUUGAAAAUAAGGCUUUACAACAAUCUGUAGAUUUAGUUCAUGAUGUUACAAAAAAUGCUGUUUAUGGAUCUCAAAAUGAUUAUAACACAUAUCAUACUAGCAAUGGAUUACGUCAAAAUGGUGAAUGGGUUAAUGUUGGAUAUGUAGAAAAUAGUUACUCAAAUUCAAAUAAUGGAGGUUCAGUUAACUCACAAGAUUCUUUAUGGCAACUUAAAAUGGGUGGAAAUGGUAGUACAGGAGGAACUCAUAUAUCUAGAGAUGAUCAUUUACAAAUACCUGACCGUAUGAAUCACUAUGGUGGCUAUGAUCCAUUAACUCAUGGAGGUUAUGGAAAUAUGGAUGACUAUGCUCAUUACCCACAACUCACAUCUGCAAGCCCAGAUUACAGUACUCAUAGUCAUAUUCCAUCAAGACAAGAUUAUAUACACAGUGGACAUCUACAACCUGUAGAUAAGACCCGUAGAAGAGAUCCACAUCUUGAAUCACCAUAUGGCGAUGUUAGUGGUCUUCCAGAUCCUUAUUUAGAACAACUGAUAGACAAUGAAGAACACAUGAAACCCCCCCAACAUCAUUUAUCUAUGCCUUAUGAUGAAAGCCUUGAAUCUGGAUAUUCGACGCCUAACUCACGGACAAGACGUAUUAUCAGAGAAAUUAUUGUUUAAACAUCUGUUGAUAUUUUUGUAUAGUGUUUAACUUUUAAUUACCUAUUGUAAUUGUUGUUGUACAUAAUUUUAUGUCAUUGUAUUGUUAUGGCGUCAUCAGAUCUCAACAUUUUUUUAUGCUCAACAUCCACAAUUUGAUUUUAUUAUGGACUUUGUAUAUUAGUGUGUAAUUAUUUUCCACUUUUACUACACUGCCUUUUAUUCUUUAAAUUUAUGUAUGCCUAUUGGUUUUUAUUUCAGCCAUGUGUCUUUUCUUUCAAAUAAUGUAGUUCAAUAAAAAUUCUUAUAAACUGUGAUGUAGGUGAUGUAUCUUUUUAACAAAGUAGCAAUUAAAGUUUGUUAGUCAAUGAUUUACUCAAUUUAACAAUUUAAUUUUCUUUUAUAUAAAUUACAAUUUUAAAGAUCUAUUUAUAAUCUUUAAUUAAAUGUAUACAUACAUUUUAUAUACUAGUAUUAAUUUAAAUGUUUCACCAUUACCACAUCUUAUCAUCUAAAUACACAGGAAUAAUUUGUAAAAUAUGUUUGUUAGAAAAACAAUUUUCAUUAUCUUUAAAUUUAAACAUUCAAUAAUUAUUAAUAAAAGUAAUUAUAUUAAAAUUAAGAUUAUGUUCCUAAAUUUUUUUCUUCUGACUAAUUUUAAAGGAUCAAUUUUGUUAAUUUAUCAAUAAUUUUAAGUUCAAAUUUUGUUUUUAUUUAUAGUCGUGUUCAGACUUGAGACUGUUAAAUUUUAUCUAUAUUUCUGCCUUUCUAAUAUACACUCUAAAGUUAACGAUUUCUAAAUUUUCAUAACUAGUAUUAUUCAGUUAGAAAUUAGUUCCUAAAAGUACACCCCUUAAAUUAAAAUAUGGAAUUUAAUGAUAAGAAAUUAUUGAGUGUAUAUUAGUAAGUUAAGAACAUGGUGAAAAUAUAAUUAAGAAAAAUUUACUGUUGUUUUUUCAAAAACAAGUAUAUUUGUUAACUCUGUGCCAUUAUAAAUAAUAUUGUAAUAAUUAACUUAAAUAUAAAUGUAAAAUGUAUGAUAUUUAUAUAUACAUAAAAUUAUAUAAUUUACAUAUUGCAUAUUAUAUUUUGGGAUUUAUAUAUCCCAUCAUAGAGGUUCAGAUAAUACAUAUAUAUAAAUAAAGAGAGAGAGGGAGAGAGUUUCAUUAAAAAUUAUUAUAAUUUGACUGCUGCAAAUAUUUUUUUCUUAUUUUUGUUUAUUAUUAUUUUUUGUAUAUUUUGUUUUUAUUUAUGGUGUAUUAAAUUAUUAUACUUUAUAAUAUAGCUACUUGUAAAAAUGUACAGAUGUAUCAUAAUUUAUAACAUUGUUUUAAGCUUAAUAUAUCUAUUUCUGAGA